AUGUCAAUAGACAGCAAGCGUGUGAUGGAAGCAGGUAGCUUCAGCAGUUCGGCAAGCUGCGGGCCCGUGCGCGUUGAGAUGCUGUCGGUGCGCGGCGGCGGGUGGCGCGGCGGCCGGCGUAGCGUCGGUCGCAGGCGACUGGCGUGGCGCGCGAGUCAGUCAGCGCCUUGCGAGAGGUGUGAGCGCCGUGCCUCGGCAGAAUUUAGGGUGCAGAGGCCCGUUUGUGCUUAUGGCUACACACGAAACGGUGCCGGGCCUGGACGUCUCCCGUUAAUGGACAAAGGGCUGCUGCCUGGGGGUCGCCGGGGCGCGUCUGGAGCUGGCGCUGGACGCGGCAUCAUGCGGGCCGCCAGCCGAGCGCGAGGAGCUGCACGGUCACCUAGCAGCCCUCCGCAUCCAUCAUCGCCACCAGAAGGCUUGGUGUCGGCUGGGUCUUCUCGGACUCAGCAAGCGGCACCCGCCGCUGGUGGAGCACGUCGCAUGCGUUGGUCACAAGCAAUGAAUGCAAACGCACUGCGGGCGCACUUUAGGGAAGAAACUAGAUGUUUGGCGUAUCGGGCUAGGAUGCAUCGUCUUUUUGCUGAGCUGGAGCCAUCUUUAACCGUCACAGAGCAAAACCUGGCAGACCGAGUUCGGUAUAUCUUGCGCUCAAAUAUAUUUGAUGUCGCCGAACUCGAACGGCUACGACGUGAGGCUGUUCCCUCGUCGGAUGAGAAUGCUACGGCUGAGGAUGCGGCGCCACAAAUGGUAGAGCAACCCGCAAACGUGGAUGCCGCCGUGAAUACCCCAGUUGUGGUUGAUUCAAACGAUGAUGGAACAGUCGCCCAGGAACUGGAAUUAGAGCAUAUGAGGAGUACAUUGGAAGAGGCGAUUGUGGAAACGCGCAGUACGCCUCUCAAAAAUCGACCGCGACUUCCCCGCACAGCCCUAAGCAAGCGGAAUCGGGCUGUCGUGAGGGCUCUGAACCCAAUGCUGGUGACCUAUUUGGAAGCCAGUCGGGACCUUUGCGAGACGGAUUCAAUUCUUUUUGGCGCCGCGCUGGCAGUCUGCCGUAUCAUAGGCGCCAAGGUUUCCACGGCUGGACGCGCUACUGGCCAUAGUAGCGCUAUCCCAGCAUGGAGAAGAAGAAUUGAGGAACGUAUCGCAAAGGCUAGAGCUCUCAUCGGCAGACUGAUAUGCUUCAGAUCAGGCAACAACAGGCCAAGAAUUGUGCGCACCGUCAGGAUGGCGUUUGCUGGGACAAAUGUCAGUUUGUACCAGCCGGAUAUAACGCAAAAACUGACGGAGCGCAUAGAUGAUCUGAAGCAGAGAAUCGCUGCUUGGGGAAAGCGGAUUCGGCGAUAUACCGAGAGGUCGACACGGUUCAACCAGAAUCGUCUCUUCCAGAGUGAUCAGAAGAGGCUCUAUGAAUCAUUGGAGCGACCAAUGGCAAAUGGUCCAGCACCGAAUCAGGCCGACACUGUAGCAUUCUGGCGCGACCUGUGGUCAGAGCCCGUAAACCACAGCGAGGGCCCUUGGACGGAAGUUGUGGCGAGUCAGUGUGCGGGUAUUACGCCCAUGGACCCCGUCAUCAUAACGCCGGAUGACGUAGCUGAGGCGGUCCGUAGGGCCCCGAACUGGAAAAGUCCGGGGCUUGACGGGCUGCAUCACUACUGGCUGAAGGGGUUCAUGGUGUGUCACUCUGUGCUCGCCCGACAGUUUCAAGAGGCUCUCAACCAGAAGUCGCUCCCAAGCCUCUUCACUACUGGGAUCACUCAUUUGGUUCCUAAAGACCAGGGUACCACAGACCCGAGCAAAUACCGCCCCAUCACGCUUGGGCGUCUCCCGUUAUUUGCGCCCAUAAAAUGGAUGAUGGAAGAAACACAGAAAGAAACGCGCAUAGGGCCGCUGCCUGGGGGUCGUCGGGGCGCGUCUGGAGCUGGCGCUGGACGCGGCAGCAUGCGGGCCGCCAGCCGAGCGCGAGGAGCUGCACGAUCACCUAGCAGCCCCUCGCAUCCAUCAUCCCCACUGGAAGGCUUGGUGUCAGCUGGGUCUUCUCGGACCCAGCAAGCGGAACCCGCCGCUGGUGGAGCACGUCGCAUGUGUUGGACAAAAUCCAUGGACGAAAACGCAUUGCGGGCGUACUAUAGGGCAUAA